AAGUGCGGAAGCUAAGAAACGCACAGAGAAGGAUAGGGCAGUGUUGUUUUCUGUUAUUGCUUGACAGUGAGAGCACUCUCUCUCUCUCUCUCUCUCUCUCUCUCUCUCUCUCUCUCUCUCUCUCUCUCUCUUUCUACUCUCCCUCUCAUUACUCUAUCAACUCUCUCUCUCUGAGCUAGGAACAGCGAAAGCAAGAUUGUUGGCUGUUUGUCGACUUGGUCUCUCCCACUCUCCCCCCUCUCUCUCUCUUUACUCUCUCUCUCUCUACUCUAUCAACUCUCUCUCUCUGAGCUAGGAACAGCGAAAGCAAGAUUGUUGGCUGUUUGUCGACUUGGUCUCUCCCACUCUCCCCCCUCUCUCUCUCUUUACUCUCUCUCUCUCUCUCUCUACUCUAUCAACUCUCUCUCUCUGAGCUUGGAACAGAGAAAGCAAGAUUGUUGGCUGUUUGUCGACUUGGUCUCUCCCACUCUCCCCCGAACUCUCUCUCUCUCCCUCCUCCUCUCUCACUCUCUCUCCCUCCUCCUCUCUCUCCCUCGGGUGGAUGAGGGGUGGCUCCAUCGUGACAGGAAGCCAGGGCUGGCGAUGAGACCUGAGCGCUGACUGGAGUAUGCUGCAGACGAUUUACGAGGGCGAGUCGAGUUUCUCCACCACAGAGCGACACCUCGGACACCAGCGGCUCUUUGGCCACACCAAGAUGCACAACGUGAACAGCACAGGUGGUGUUAUGAAGAAGAAUCAGCCACUGAAUGCACUCUUCCUCCUCCCCCUCCAGCCUCUUGCCUUUUAAGGAGGUUUGAAUUUCCCCCCCUCCAGUUUGUUUAAAAAAUUGGACAUUAAGCCAGAGGCGGCCCUAGAAGUGGAUCCCGUCUCCCCGCUAGACCUGCGCAAGGAGCUGAGGAUGGUGGGCCCGGGGUCGGACCCCAGUAUGUGGGAACGGCAGCUGCAGCAGGAGCUGCUACUCAUCCAGAAGCAACAGCAGAUCCAGAAGCAGCUCCUCAUCAGUGAGUUCCAGAAGCAGCACGAGAACCUGAGCCGUCAGCACCAGGCACAGCUCCAGGAGCACCUUAAGCUCCAGCAGGAGCUCCAGGCCAUGAAGCAGCAGCAGGAGCUGGUGGAGAAGGAGCGACGUCUGGAACAGCAGCAGAUGCAGCAGCAGCAGCAGCAGCAGCAGCAGCAGCAGCAGCAGCAGCACCAGCAGCAGCAGCAGCAGCAGCAGCAGCAGCAGCAGAGCCAGCAGGAGCGUGAGCAGGAGAGACUCCGUCGAGAGCAGCACCUCUCCAGCCUCAGCCUCCCGGGGAAGGAGCGCUCCAGAGAAAGCCUCAAAGGUGCGGUUGCCAGUACGGAAGUCAAGCAAAAGUUGCAGGAGUUUCUGCUGAGCAAAUCAGCGAAGGAUCCCAUCUGCAGCGGGGCCACUCACUCCCUGAUCCACCAUCCGAAGCUCUGGUACACGACUUCCCAUCACACAUCCUUGGACCAAAGUUGCUCCCCGCUGGGCGGGGCAUCUCCGACGUGCCAGUACACCCUCCCCUCCCCCGUGGACAGCAAGGACGACUUCCCCUUGAGGAAGACUGCCUCGGAGCCCAACCUGAAGGUGCGGUCCAGGCUGAAGCAGAAGGUGGCUGAGCGGAGGAGCAGUCCCAUGCUGAAGAGGAGGGAUGGCAACAUCAUAACUCCUUACAAGAAGAGGGCUCUGGAGCUUAUGGAUUCUACUCCCACUAACAGCGCCCCUGGUUCUGGCCCCAGCUCCCCUAUAGGGGCCUCUAGUGCACUGGGGGCUGAGAAUGGACCCUCCUCUCUGCCCACCACCACAAAAACUGAGCGUUGGCCCUCACAGCCCAGAUUGUUCCGUCCUGAGGGUACCAUGUCCGUGAUGAGCCUGUACACGUCUCCAUCCUUACCCAACAUCACCCUGGGACUGUCGUCCUCCCCCUUCAGCGAUGCCAUUGAGCUGAAGGAACCGUCAGCAGAUAUCAGGCACGGGCUGCCCCACGGCCAGCUGAUGGGUCCAGUCCCCCUGCAGACCGGCCUGGAGGCCAAGGUCAGCCCCAGCCACCAGGCGCUGCUCCAGCACCUCCUGCAGAAGGAGCAGAUGAGGCAACAGAAGAUCCUGUCUUCUGCCCAGAGUCUGGUGUCGGCCCACCCUUUAUCUCCGCUGGCCAUGAAGGAGCGCCAGUCUACCACCAGUCGACCCAAGUUAGCCAAGCACCGGCCCCUGAACCGCACCCAGUCAGCCCCCCUGCCCCAGAACACGCUGGCCCAGCUGGUCAUCCAGCAGCAGCACCAGCACUUCUUGGAGAAGCAGAAGCAGUACCAGCACCAGAUCCACAUAAAUAAGCUUCUGUCCAAGUCCAUCGAGCAGCUACGUCAGCCCAACGCACACCUGCAGGAGUCCGAGGAGGAUGAGGAGGACCGCAUCAGAGAGCACAGCCUCGGCAUGCUCCAGGAGGAAAGGGUGCCCUCUGGAGGCGUCAUCCGGAAGCACACGCUGAGGGGCUGCAGCAGCGACGGCGGCUCCACCGGAGAGCUGGCCGACCCCCCUUGCCACCAUGGGGCGGUCGUCAGGGUGAAGGAGGAGCCGGCCGACAGUGAGGACGAAGCACUGAGCAGCGAGCGCUUGGAGGCAGAGCAGAGCGCCUAUCUGCACCAGCUCAAGGGGAGACUGGUGAUAAGGGCCAUGAUCUGAGGAAGGCCCCCACCCACCUGCCUCCACUCUCCCCAGGAGGUUCACAUACUGUAACAUUCGCAGAUUAACAUGUAGACAGCCAUGUGAAGUAUACAUAGAAGCGCAUGUGUGCACAUACACACACACACACAAUCACACAUACACACAUGCACACACAUGCAGAUACCAACGUAUAUACAGUCCACACACACACAAACACACAAACACACACACACACACACAUACACAACACACAUUAUCUUUUACCCUGACUAGGCCAAUUCACUCCCUGAAACCCACAAGUUGUGAUCCCUUUUCACUUAAACUGCAGCCUGGCCCUAGACACUUGGACUGUGUGUUUGUGAAAUUUGUGUAGUUGGCUCUGUAAAGUAGGUUGUUACGUUGUGUAUAUAUUAUGAAGAUUGAACCCUUUCUUUUUAAGAGUUUUUUUGGAAGUCUCAAGUCGGAUUUCAAAAUAAAUUGUAUGCAUAUGCUGUGGAUUUAGCAUCAAAGAUUAUUUUAGAGCAAACUUCAAUGUGUACAGCUUUAGCAAAAUUAUGUUCCAAUUGUUAUCAUUUUAAUUUUAUUCAUAACAUAUUCAGAAUCUGUUUUAUCCACUAUAACAUUGACGAUUAUCAUAAUGUCCUGCAAUGUUGUCUUAGGAAAUGAAAAACUAAAAUCCAGUCCCAAUUUGCUGGUCUCAUUUCUGGAAAUGACAAACAAAUUUCCAAACGAAUAUGUGGCCGCGUGACAAUGUAUACUUAAAUCCUUAAGAAAAGGACUUCUGACAGACUUUGCACUAGCAUUAAUAUUGCAUAUUAUUGACCACAGUCCACUGCACAUAAAGCAGUUAGAAGGAUAAAAACACUAAAUCUGCCCUUGGGUUUGCAGGAAUUUCCAGCAGAUCUUAAGCAGAAGCCCCAUAGCCUGGGUUGUGUUGCGCCAAGCUCUCCUCCCUGCUGGGCUCGUACUCAGCUUCAGGGGAGAGAGAGAGAGAGAGAGAGAGAGAGAGAGAGAGAGAGAGAGAGGAGAGAGGAGAGAGAGAAGAGAGAGAGAGAGAGAGAGAGAGAGAGAGAGAGAGAGAGAGAGAGAGAGAGAGAGAGAAGAGAGAGAGAGAGAGAGAGAGAGAGAGAGAGGAGAGAGAGAGAGAGAGAGAGAGAGAGAGAGAGAGAGAGAGAGAGGGAGAUUUUCAUGCGUGCAGGAAUGUAGAGAACUGGUGUUGGAGGAGUACGAGGGGCCAGGCCGGUGAUUGAUUUACUGUCAAGCAGGCUGAUUGCAAAGUGAGAAGUGAACUUGUUGAGGGAGCCCUUUUUUUAAUAGAUAAUCACUAGCGCCGUAUUCCUGUUGAAAUGCUUACCUCCACUAAGAAGGUUUGAUGUUACCUCAAGAAAAAUAACCCAGAAGAGACCUUUUUCCUUUUUUUUUUUUUUUCAUUUGUCAAAGACAAUCCUUCUGUUUGAAAGUGCCCACUACAGCGUGUAUAGUCUGUAUUACAGAAAAGUGCUCAAUCAAAUGUAUUGUAAACUUGUAAACCUUGUUUUAUUUCUGACAGUCUACUCAAAAUCACUUGUUACGGGAUACUGUAUUUGGAUUAAUUUGGAAAGACAACGCUGCCUGUCUUUAUACUGUGUGUUACGACUGUCCGGUUUCAAUGUUUUAGUGUAAGUAUCGCCACUAUCACAACAAUGUGUGUCUUGUUCUCUUGCCGUUUUGAUUUGGUGAAAGAACCCUACUCGCCACCAGUGGGGUGUGUGUGUGUGUGUGUGUGUGUGUGUGUGUGUGUGUGUGUGUGUGUGUGUGUGUGGUGUGUGUGUGAGUGAGUGACUGUUUUUGGUAGGGUGCUUGGUCGUGGCCCUGUUCUUUGUUAAAGCUAUUUGCAUUUCUUCUCUUUUUCUGCCUUGUGUGAGAAACAUUUUUUUUUUUUAAUAAAGUUCAUUCCCCUACUUGAAA